AUGAUAGGCAGGGGCCAUCUUGCCGGCCCCUGCCCGGCCCUUUCCUACGUGGAAAGGGCCAUUUUCAGUUUUAAUGUUUUUUUAAAAAAAAAAAAAAAAUUAAAAGAAAAUUCUGAUUUUGAAAACCCAUCCCCAUCUUCUAUACCCAUUUCUCUUCCCCAAACCAUUUUCCCCCCAAAUCUUUCCCUCCUUCUCUCUCGAUCUCCAUCUCCUCUCCUCAACCCCACCGUGAGCCCGCCACCGUUCAACCACUCACGAGUCUGCCACCGUCGACCACUCACGAGCCAGCCACCGUCGACCACUCACGAGCCCGCCACACCACUGUGCAUUCUCCAUCUCCGGCCAAAACCCAAUCACCGUGCGUUCUCCAUCUCCGGUUCGGCCCUGACUAUCCAACCACCGUACCGCCACGAGCAGCCCCAGUCGAACCACCACCGCCGACGAGCCAAUCCACCUGUUAUCCUUUUAAGCAUCUCCACCGUGAGCUCCGUUCCCCCAACUCAGCCAGCCGCAUCUCUCUGUUUGCUAUCUCCACCGUUGACGGAACCAAGAUUCCGAAUAAUGGUUCAUAUGGAGCUUCAACUUCAUUGGGUGAAACAAGCACUUAGUAUGGAGUAUGGGGUGAAAGCUCGGGACACCUCGUGAAUAUUACCAUGAGGAACACAGGCCAAUUCAUUUCCUGGAGUUCAGCAACGUGGAGGAGGGAGAGAUGAUUACUGAAGGAGAUUGCAAAUAUAACCUUCUCUUAGAAGUUGAGACUAGCAGUAUCUUUCCAGAGGUUACAUACAACGCCAAAGUGCAUGUACUAAUAAUCUUAACUUGGAAGAACCUUUUUUGUUGUAAAAAUCGUGUAUCUUGAUAUGUUUGCAUAUUGAUGUGUGAGGUUAAGUUCUGUAAACAUUUUGCAUAUUGGUGUGUGUGAUUAAGUUUUGUAAACUUUUUAAGGCAGGAAAAGUAAAUGGAAUUCGGUGGGUUGUUGUGUUGAUUUGCCAAA